GGGUUUGUGGUUCCUGUUUUGCCUGGGAAGAAAGAGUAGCAGUGAAGAGGGGGCUGGUGGGAGCUCUGACACAUUUCGGCAUCAUUAACGCUUCCCCCAGGGGCAGAAGGGGCCAGAUUGGUGGCUCUGGGGUGCAUCCCCUCACCUAUGAUUAGGCUUGCAAAAAAGAACUUGGCUAAACUUUAUAUUGUGGAUAUCUGUGUCUGCCUCCCACCUUCCUGUGACUUCCUUGAUGGCAGAUGCCAUGUAUGAAACGCUGCUGAAUUUCUAGAGCCCUGCACGUUAGUAGGACUCCAUUUUCCAUCAGCUGAGUGACCUGGGAGGCACACUAGAGAGGGCACAUUUCUUUUCUUUUCUUUUCUUUUUUUUUUUUUUUUGAGACAGUCUCACUCUGUCACCCAGGCUGGAGUGUAGUGGCGCAGUCUCAGCUCACUGCAACCUCUGCCUCCUGGGUUCAAGUGAUUCUCCUGCCUCAGCCUCCCAAGUAGCUGGGAUUACAGGUGCAUGCCACCACACCUGGUUAAUUUUUGUAUCUUUAGUAGAGACAGGGUUUCACCAUGUUAGCCAGGCUGGUUUCGAACUCCUGACCUCAGGUGAUCUGCCCACCUUGGCCUCCCAAAGUGCUGGGAUGACAGGCAUGAGCCACCACGCCCAGAUGAGAGGGCACAUUUCCAACUGCAUUCUGAAGGCCUGAUGGUGAGAAAGAGCAUAUAGAGGUGGCACAGCCCAUAGCAGAGAUGAGGCCAAGGACAAGAAGAGAAUGCAGGAUGCCGCCUUCCACCUAGAAGAAGUUUAAAACCUGCGGUUCCAGGGUUCUCCAGCCCCUCCCUUUCUCACGCUCCGAAGCCGAGAAGGCCCAAAGCGAAGACAGAGAGGACCCGGAAGUAGGGAAAACCUCUGAGCACGUGAUGGGGGAACACGCGGGUGCUGUCACGUGAUCCGACAAACGGCCUCUGCAUAGUGCAGAACAUUCUGCUGCUCUUAAAGACCCUCAUCCAUCCCGUGGGAGCCCCCUUUGGACACUCUAUGACCCUGGACCCUCGGGGGACCUGAACUUGAUGCGAUGGGAGGCUGUGCAGGCUCGCGGCGGCGCUUUUCGGAUUCCGAGGGUGAGUAUUCCCGCCCACCCUCAUGGAACGACCACCUCUGGCUCGCAGCCCACCUGAGGGGAAUGAGAGCUGACUCGGCCCCGGGAGGACACGCAUGGAGCGGUCGUGCACCUGAGAGUAGGUGGGGGUCAUGCCCUCUUCUCGCUCUCCCAGGGGAGGAGACCGUCCCGGAGCCCCGGCUCCCUCUGUUGGACCAUCAGGGCGCGCAUUGGAAGAACGCGGUGCGCUUCUGGCUGCUGGGCCUUUGCAACAACUUCUCUUAUGUGGUGAUGCUGAGUGCUGCCCAUGACAUCCUUAGCCACAAGAGGACAUCGGGAAACCAGAGCCAUGUGGACCCAGGCCCAAAGCCGAUGCCCCACAACAGCUCAUCACGAUUUGACUGCAACUCUGUCUCUACGGCUGCUGUGCUCCUGGCGGACAUCCUCCCCACACUCGUCAUCAAAUUGUUGGCUCCUCUUGGCCUUCACCUGCUGCCCUACAGCCCCCGGGUUCUCGUCAGUGGGAUUUGUGCUGCUGGAAGCUUCGACCUGGUUGCCUUUUCUCAUUCUGUGGGGACCAGCCUGUGUGGUGUGGUCUUCGCUAGCAUCUCAUCAGGCCUUGGGGAGGUCACCUUCCUCUCCCUCACUGCCUUCUACCCCAGGGCCGUGAUCUCCUGGUGGUCCUCAGGGACUGGGGGAGCUGGGCUGCUGGGGGCCCUGUCCUACCUGGGCCUCACCCAGGCCGGCCUCUCCCCUCAGCAGACCCUGCUGUCCAUGCUGGGUAUCCCUGCCCUGCUGCUGGCCAGCUAUUUCUUGUUGCUCACAUCUCCUGAGGCCCAGGACCCUGGAGGGGAAGAAGAGGCAGAGAGCGCAGCCCAGCAGCCCCUCAUAAGAACUGAGGCCCCGGAGUCGAAGCCAGGCUCCAGCUCCAGCCUCUCCCUUCGGGAAAGGUGGACAGUGUUCAAGGGUCUGCUGUGGUACAUUGUUCCCUUGGUCGUAGUUUACUUUACCAAGUAUUUCAUUAACCAGGGACUUUUUGAACUCCUCUUUUUCCGGAACACUUCCCUGAGUCACGCUCAGCAAUACCGCUGGUACCAGAUGCUGUACCAGGCUGGCGUCUUUGCCUCCCGCUCUUCUCUCCGCUGCUGUCGCAUCCAUUUCACCUGGGCCCUGGCCCUGCUGCAGGUACCAAACCCCUGCCCCUCACUUCACUCCCACCUUGGCUCCCAGCUUGGCUCCCAGCUUGGCUCCCAGCUUCCCCAAACCCCCUGCUUCUCACUAUCAGUGGGAAGUGUAAAAUUUUUUUUUUUUUUUGAGACAGAGUCUCGCUCUGUCGUCCAGGCUGGAGUGCAGUAGCGCAAUCUUGGCUUACUGCAACCUCUGCCUCCCGGGUUCAAGUGACUCUCCUGCCUCAGUCUCCUGAGUAGCUGGGAUUACAGGUGCCCGCCACCAUACCUGGCUAAUUUUUGUAUUUUUAGUAGAGAUGGGAUUUUGCCAUAUUGGCUGGUCUUGAACUCCUGACCUCAGGUGAUCUGCCGGCCUCAGCCUCCCAAAGUGCUGGGAUUACAGGGAAGUGUAAAUUGUACACUAUCAUUUCUUAGCACAGGGAACCAAAGUCCAGCAGAGCUCCAUGUAAAAUGUAUAUCCUCAGGAGCCAAGCAAAACUGAGCUUCAGUAGUCAGCCACUGUGUGACUUAGGGCAGGUCUCAGAACUUCUCUGAGCCUCAAUUUCCUCAUGUAUAAAUUGGGUGUGGCCAAUACCUAUUUUUCAGGGUAGUUGUAAGAAAUAGAGAUGAGAGAAAGAAUCGAAGAACAAGAUUUUGUAGUGUGUGUGUGUGUGUGUGUGUGUGUGUGUGUGUGUGUGUGUGUGUUUUAAGCAUUGGGAUUGGGCCAGGCCAGGUGGCUCAUGCCUGUAAUCCCAGCACUAUGGGAGGCUGAGGCAGGUGGAUCAUUUGAGCUUGGUAGUUCAAGUCCAGCCUGGGCAACAUGGCACAAUCACAUCUCUACAAAAAUUAGCCAGGUGCAGUGGCGCACACCUGUAGUCUUAGCUACUGGGAAGCUGAGGUGGGAGGAUCACUUGAACCCAUGAGGUCAAGGCUGCAGUAACCAAGGUCAUGCCACUGCACUCCAGCCUAGGCAAUAGAGCGAGACCCUGUCUCCCAGAAAAAGAAAAAAGAAAGGAAAAGUCGGAACCUUCCUCUGUCGCCUAGGCUGGAGUACAGUGGCAUGAUCAUAGGUCAUUUACCUCAGGCAAAGAGACAGGCUUUCAAAUAAUGUUUCUAACUAUAAGAAAAUGUACAGUUCUUUUAUUCUAGAUAGUUAAUUAUAAUAGAAUUGGUGACUUUGAAGUCAGUGGGUUAUUUAUCUUGAGGGUGGUGAGCAAAUUCAACUGCCCUUGGCAAACAGUAGUUUACAGCUUUAAGGGCGCAAACACCCUUCCUUACAACAGUCUAAUAAAAGGAGUUUCAUAUAACCAGCAUUCAUUGUUUCAAGGUUACAAAUCCACAGCCCCUGCAGGUAACUGUUACAAUAAACUGUCAACUGUGACAGGAAAGUCCUCUGCCUUUGAAAUUUAGGAACUUGGCCAGUCCUGGUGGCUCACACCUGUAAUCCCAGCACUUUGGGAGGCCAAGGCAGGUGAAUCACCUGAGGUCAGGAUCAGGAGUUUGAGACCAGUCUGGCCAAUGCAGUGAAACCCCGUCUCUACUAAAAAUACAAAAAUUAGUUGGGCGUGGUGGCAUCUGCCUGUCAUCUCAGCUACUCGCUAGGCUGAGGCAGGAGAAUUGCUUGAACCCCGGAUAUGGAGGUUGCAGUGAGCCGAGAUUGCAGUACUGUACUCCAGCCUGGGCCACAGAGCGAGACUCCAUCUCCAAAAAAAAAAAAGACUUAGGAACUCAAUUCUGUGAUAGCAAAAUACAGAAAUAGAGAUUAUACUUUAGGCUAGGUGUUGUGGCUCACACCUGUAAUCCCAAUGCUUUUGGAGGCUAGGGUGGGAGGAUCACUUGAAGCCAGGAGCUUGAGAGCAGACUGGGCAACAUCGUGAGGCCUCCCACCUCUACAAAAAAUUAAAAAAAAAAAAAAAAAAGCCAGGUGGGAGAAUUGCUUGAGCCCAGAAGUUUGAGAGAGCAGCCUGGGUAACAUCACGAGACCUCAUCUCUACAAAAAACAACAACAGGGUGUGGUGACAUUCACCUGUAAUCCCAGCUACUCGGGAGGCUGAGGCAGGAGGAUCGCUUUAGCCCAGGAGUUCCAGGCUGCAGUGAGCCAUAAUCAUGCCACUGUACCCCAGCCUGGGUGAGACCCUAUCUCAAAAAAAAAAGAUUACACUUUCAUAUUAUGGCAAAGCAUGUAAAUAUCCUCCAGCCUCCUUCCUUAUUUAUCUGAGCAGUGCUGCAAGCCCAGGGUUUGUACCCAGAAAACCCCAAAUUUAUAACUCAGGGUGCUUGUAGAUACCACUGAAACAUGUAGCUUAUGGUUUUAAGCUACAUGUUUUUAGCUAUAAUGUUUUUUGUUUUGUUUUGUUUUUUGAGAUGGAGUCUCGCUCUGUUGCCCAGGCUGGAAUGUAGCGGUGCAAUCUUGGCUCACUGCAACCCCUGCCUCCCAGAUUCAAGCGAUUCUCAAGCCUCAGCCUUCCGAGUAGCUGGGAUUACAGGUGCGCGCCACCACGCCCAGCAAAUUUUUUGUUUUGUUUUGUUUUGUUUUUUAGAGACAGAGUUUCGCUCUUGUAGCUCAGGCUAGAGUACAAUGGCGUGAUCUUGGCUCACUGCAACCUCCGCCUCCCAGGUUCAGGCGAUUCUUCUGCCUCAGCCUCCUGCGUAGCUGGGAUUACAGGCACGUGCCACCACACCUGGCUAAUUUUUGUAUUUUUUAGUAGAGAUGGGGUUUCGCCAUGUUGGCCAGGCUGGUCUUGAACUCCUGACCUCAGGUGAUCCACCCGCCUUGGCCUUCCAAAGUGCUGGGAUUACAGGUGUGAGCCACCACACCUGGCUAGAGGUGUGUCCUUUUUAAUGCUCAGCUUUAAGUCCACCUCAGAUUUAAUGAAUUAGGACCUCUAGGGUAAGCCCUGCUUGGGGCAUUUGUACCUAGAUCCCCAGGCGAUUCUUACAUAUACGAAAAGUAUGAACCGCCAGGAGGAGGCCUACACACUGCACAAGAGGCAAUGUGGUGUGGUCAGGGCUGGGAGGAUGGCACCUCCUUGAGAGACUGGGGCACAGAGGUGGGACCUACACCCUGGGGUGGGGAUCAAAGAGGCUUCCUGGCCAGGUGCGGUGGCUCCUGCCUAUAAUCCCAGCACUUUGGGAGGCUGAGGCAGGGGGGCAGCGACUGCUUGAGACCAGGAGUUCGAGCCCAGCUGAAUAGGAUGCCCGGCUACUCCCACCUUGUUUUACCAUCGUGAACCAACAGUUUUUCAAACAGGGGCAAUUUUGCUGCCCAGGGGAUGUUUGGCAACGUCUGCAGGCAUGCUUUGGUUGUCACAACUGAGGGAUGCUAUGGGCAUCUAGCGGGCAGAGGCCAGGGAUCCUGCUAAAUGCGCUGCCAUAUACAGGACAGCCCUCACCAUGCAGAACAACCAGCACCAAAUGCCAAGAGUGCUGCAAUUGAGAAAUCCUGGUUUCGAUGGUCCCACUUCCUUUAAGAAGCCUCCAUUUUUUUUUUUUUUUUUUUAUGAGACAGGAUCUUGCUCUGUCACCCAGGCUGGAGUGCAGUGGCACAAUCAUAGCUUACUGCAGCCUCCACCUCCUGGGUUCAAGCAAUCCUCCUGUCUCAGACUCCCGAGUAGCUGGGACUGCAGGUGCGUGCCACCAUGCUCAACUAAUUUUUAAAUUUUUUGUAGAGACGGAGUUUUGUUAUGUUGCCCAGGCUGGUCUCGAACUCCUGGCCUCAAGUGAUCAUCCCACCUUGGUCUCCCAAUGUGCUGGUAUUACCUGCAUGAGCCACUGCACCAGGCUGAGGUUGAGAAUUUUUUUUUUUUUUUUUUUGGGAUGGAGUCUCUCUCUGUUGCCCAGGCUGGAGUGCAGUGCUACGAUCUUGGCUCACUGCAGCCUCUGCCUCCCAGGUUCAAGUGAUUUUCCUCCCUCAGCCUUCCAAGUAGCUGGGACUACAGGACCACUACACCCAGAUAAUUUUUGUAUUUUUAGUUGAGAUGGGGUUUUACCAUGUUUAGUAGAGACCAGGCCAGGCUGGUCUUGAAAUCCUGACCUCAGGUGAUCCACCCACCUCAGCCUCCCAAUGUGCUGGAAUUACAGGCAUGAGCCACCACACCCAGCCUAUUAUGAAUACUUUUAAAAGGCAAUCAGGCUGGGUGUGGUGGCUCGUGCCUUUAAUCCCAGCACUUUGGGAAGCAAAGGCAGGCGGACCACUUGAGGUCAGGAGUUCAAGGCCAGCCUGGCCAACAUGGUGAGAUCUCAUCUCUACUAAAAGUACAAAAAUUAGAUGUGGUGGCAGGCACCUGUGAUCCCAGCUACUCAGGAGGCUGAGGCAGAAGUAUCGCUUGAACCUAGGAGGUGGAGGUUGCAGUGAGCCAAGAUUAUGUCCAGCCUAGGCUACAGAGCAAGACUCUGUCUCAAAAACCAAACAAAAAAAGAGAAUGAGACAGAGCCAUAUGCACUGAUACAGAAUGAGCUGCAAGAUAUAUGAAUAAUGAAAUAAGAUGCAGGAAACAAUGGUAGAGACAGAUAUGUUCCAGGUAGACGCACACACACACACACACAUACCCUGAUCUAUAUAAUUCAUAUAUAUAUAUUGAAUAUAUAUAUAUACACACACAUAUAUGUAUACAUACACACAUACAAUACAUCUAUCUAUAUCCUUUCUGUCUCUAUCUAGUCAUUUCUUGGUAUCCUCAGGGGAUUAGUUCUAGGAUUCCUGGGAGAUACCAAAACCUGUACAUACUCAAGUCCCGCAGUUGCCCCUGUGGAACCUGUGGUUACAAAAUGUGGGCCCUUGGUAUACAUGGGUUUCAAAUCCAGUGAAUACUGUUAUUUUUGAUUGACAUUUCGUUCCAGAUGUGGAACCCACCUGUAUGGAGGAUUGAUUGUAUUUAUUGAAUAAAAUCCACAUAUAUGUAGACCUA